AUGAUUGUGUCGGGAGGAUUCAAGCGCAAGGGUUCCGCCACCUGGUGGGGCGACGAUUCCAGUGCUGAGGCCCCGACCAUGCAGCAGCCUCGGAAGAAGCAGUGUUUAGUGGGUGGCGAUGGAGUGGGUUUCAAACGCCCAGUCAAUGGUACUACCGUGUCAGUCUCUCCCACAGUCGGCGGUCAAGCUUCUGCACCACUGUCCUCCUGGGCACGGCUAGCUCCAAUUUCUGCCGUUGGAUCUGCUACAGUAGGCACCGCCGGGUCUGCUGCUCUGAGCCGUCCACCUGGUGCUGCCACUGAAGGGGCGACACUGCUGGAUCCAUUGUCGACAUUGUCGGCGGCUUCACGAGAGGCAGCCCGGCCAGCAGAUUCCGCAGAGCCAGCCCAGAGGGACCAAGUGGAUGGCAACGGGCUGGGCUUUGAGCGGCCGCCUAUUCCACGAAAAAGCGCUGCAGAGAAGCUUAGAAGACACCGGAUCAGUGCCGGAUUCAAGCGGCUUGGAAAGGUUCUGCCUCCGUCGUGGAUGCGGCAGAACCAGAAACAUAAGUUAAACAUGGCAUCUCGAACAGACAUGGCGUCGCUGCUAGAUUCUGCGGUGGACUUCAUUAGGGAGCUGGAGGACCGAAAGGCCCAGCUUGCACAGGCUUACAUUCAGCAAGUAUCAAGAGUUCAGCAAUGA